UGUAUAUAUAUAUAUAUAAUAUAUAUAUAUAUAUUUAAUUAUGAGAUAUUACACUUCACUUGUAUUCGGCUUUCGUUUGUUUAACAUGCCAUUACUUGAAAUUAAAGUUUGAAUCUGUCGCUGGCGUCACCAUGGCCCGGGACACAUCAAGCCACGUCGGACAACGUCGGACCGUCGGUCAGGCAACUUGGUUUAUUGUGUUCCAUGCGUCGGUUUGAUGUGUUCAAAUAAACAAAUUGACCCCGACGAAAGCAGACGUGCCGUUGCUAGGAUGAGAAUGCGUUGACACGCAACGGCACAUCUGCUUUCGUCGCUGCUAGUUCUUUGCCAUCGGUUUGUUGUGUCCCGGGCUUUCACCGUCCUUACUGCCGGUAAGUUGAAAUGCCGUCGUGGUGUGCUUUUUACAAGAUUGGUCAGCAUGCAUGACUGUGUCUGACCGCUGGUUUUAAGGUUAGAAACUAGUCAAAGCCAGCUUUUUCUAAUAUAUUGAAUGGGCGCAGGAUUAAAAAUAAAAACAUAGUAACGUUACCACUGUAUCCCACGAGUGUGUGUGAAAACACCAACUGUUGCUGCACCUAAGUUUUUUAAGGAAUUGUGGGAUCACGUACAACAUUUUAGAAUUGAUUUUAUAUUAUAUUUGUUAUUGUUAGAACAUCAGUGCUUAAUAAAUGUUUUCAUAAUUUUGUAAUAUGUUCUAUGAAACACAUUACAUCUAUGAAGCUAAUUAUAUGAAGUAUGAAUAUUAAUAUAUGUAAUUGCAAUGCCUUUAUUUAAGUCAGUACACAGUCUGUUAUUUCUGCAUGACCGUCCCUUGUCAGACAGACAGACUGCCCAGAUCAGAGGAGCACUGAUAAACUACCAUAUUUCCCCAAUUAAUCACCGGUCUGCAAAUAGCCGCCUGGUUCUUUUAAACGUCUGGGGUUAUAAUCCAUUUUGCAUAUUAAACACCCACCCGAAUAACCAAAGGGGGUGAUUAUUUGCAUUAUAUUGAGGUAAACCCAAAAUCAUCUGUACAAAAUCUAACCCAGGUGCAUGUCUGAUAAUUUGUUUUGUGUAAUUUUUGUUUUUAUUUCUGUUGUAGGCAGUCUGUGUAUGUGGACACUCACUAUUUGCCCUCUCUUCAGUUCCUCUUGUCUGUCCUCCACAAGCAGAGACUCACUGAUAGACCACUGUUACCAGUUCUAGUGUUGACACAUCCACCCACAUCCCCACCACAAGUGUAUCCUUUACAGCUGAGGAAACACACACCAAACAACAAUGGCGGUCCAUUUAAGAGUCGUUUUAGAAGAACACAACAUUCAAAAGCUGAAACUUCCAACAGGAAUUCCAAAUACAGUGGAAGAUCUUGUUUCCAUAGUUACUGAAACUUUUCAAUUGCAUGGGGAAAUUGGACUACUAUACCAAGACAAACACUUUGACAAUGAGUUUUUCAGUGUCACCUCAACUGCUGACUUGUAUGACAAGGCCACUGUUAAAGUGAUCCUAAAAGAGCCGACGAUAACCCUUGACCUACACCCAGUACUUGAAUCAUCUACAUUGAGUUCAGUGAGCACCUAUCCUGCAAGUACUACUGAAACGGACAUCUGCCCUGCAGAUCAUGAUGCAUCCUCAGAGGUGUCAAACUACGCAUCGUCAAGUUCCAGUGACACCAUUAUUCUCCCUGAUUCAUGUCGCUCUGCUGCAUGGCCAGUGCCAUUCCAAGUACCGGAGUUUUCCCGAGACCUAGAACUCAUCCUCGCAGAGGCAAACAACUCAUAUGAUGCCACUGGAAGACACUUCAUGGAUGCCAGUGUUAAAUCAGCAAUAAUGCAAGAGCUUGCAAAAGUAAUUUUUUCUUACACUGCUUACCCAACCAAUCAGCAAAUCCUCUCAGUGGCUGAAGCCUUGGUUUCUAAGUUUCCGUGUCUUAGGGAGCCGGGAUCAUUUGCAGGCUUAUAUGGCUGGCAGCAGCGCAUAAAAAACAAGAUGCACAAUUACCGUGCCAAGCUAAGAUCUCGAAAAUAUUCUUACCCGGAAAUUGAAAUCAACACCUUAAAAAGGAAGCAUCCGGGUGAUGCAGUGCCUUCGAAAAAUGUAAAAAAGCCCAAAAAAGCAGAGGUUAAUUACCUCCCUCCGCACCCUACUGGUGAAAGCCAAGAGACUCUGGAGAAAGAGAGGCUUGAAUUAAUUUUUGAAAUUACAAAGAAAAACAAUGCAAAGAUAAUUGCAGAUAAAAUGAAUAAAACCUUCUCUAGCCGAAGAGUUGAAGUGGUCAGCCUCAGCCCCUCUGUGGGUGUGUUUAAAGAAAGGUGGCCAGCAUUAUUCACUGAGGCUCAGAUCAAGGAGGAGUUUAGACGCAUCACAACAGUUUCCUUGGAGGAGACAUUCAUGAGGAAGCUCGAUGAGUACACACCAGGUCUUUUGCGGCUAAUGCGUGCCAAAGGAGGAGCAGCUGGUUGCAAGAUGCGUCCUCUGCUGGACACUUUAAAUGACACACAGAACAUUGAUAAAAAAAGAGAUGCUGUUGUCUGCUGCCUCAUUAACUACCUCGGUGAAAGACAAGAAGAUCUUUUCCAUGACUGCCAGGAAUGUGAGGACUACACAGACAAAACGAUGAAGGUGAUUGUUAAGCACAAUGUCAUGGCUGAGGAGGAUCCAUCAGAUUUGUCUAUUGUGAUCGAGGGAAACCAAGUGAUGGAAGGAUGUGGAAGCCGAACAAAGGCAUGCAUACUGCUGAUGGGACUCAUUUAUGCAAUCAACAUCGAAUAUCCAAAGGAGCUGAAGAACACGUUUGAAGCUUUUCAAAAACUUUUUUUGGAAAUUGACGGGGCAAAACUACUGAAAAAGGUCCACAGCCUCAAAAAUAAGCUCAUGCAGUAGACACACAUUUCCCCUGUUGUUCGAAGAGGAUCUUUUGUCUGGACAUACUUUUAAUGGAGUUGUAAUGGAGUGUAGUUUUAUAUUUUUCUUCUUUUCCUUUAUUUGCUCCACACACAGACACAGAUCCAUCCACUCUCUCUCAGCCCACUCCAUUGCUCUGUGAUUUCCCCCAGAUUGACAGAAAAGGAAUACCAAUAGAAAGUGGCCUGAAGAAUUUUGAUCUCUCCUUCUACCCUCUUUCCCUCCCCAUUUGUUUGUUUCUUUUAUUCUCAUCCUAUCUUUUGAGAGUGAGAGCAAGCUCAAAAACUAAAGAAAUAUCUUUAUCCAGAUAUUUGAUACUGUACAUGCACAGAAACAACCAUGUGGAGUUUGUGUGUGUGCUUUUGAUUUUUAAAAUAGAAUAAGUGGCAUGUGUUGUUUGCAGUAGCCAAUUAUCCAGAAACAACAUUUGAAACUGUUCUUAGUGAGUUAUAAAAAGUCAAUUCGUUCAUUGUUGUGUGAAGCUGUUGUACUUUAUCUAGCACUUUAUUCUGUGUUUUUUGAUAAUUUGGUGCAUCAUUGCUGCAUAUAAACAAGGCUGUUCGGUUAUUUGUUAUAUGAAUACCUGGACCACAGAUUUGGUCAGUCACUGUUGUGUAAAUCUGAAGAGACACAAAGAGUUUAGUCUAAGAAUUUAGAUACAACAAAAUCUUAAUGUGAUUGGACAUCCAGCACUGCUCUGAUCUCCUCACUUCUCCUUUCAUUUUCUCUUCUCCCUUCUCUCCUCACUUCUCUUUUCCGCUCUGAUCUGGAUGUCCUAAAACAGGGAUAUGUUUUAUUAUCCAACAUUAUUGAAACAACAUUUGAUAGAUCAGUGAGUUAUAAAACAGGUUCAUUACUUGACAUGUUUGUUAAAGCUGUUGUGC